GGCACAGCAACUAAAAUUGUCUGUUACUUCACCAACUGGAGCCAGUACCGCCCCGGGAUUGCCCGCUACAUGCCUGAAAAUGUGGAUCCUUGCCUCUGUACACACAUCAUCUAUGCCUUCGCUGGCAUGGCCAACAACCAGAUCAAAACCAUUGAGUGGAAUGAUGAGGCCCUCUAUGCUGGCAUCAACAGCCUCAAGAACUACAACACAGAACUGAAAACCCUGCUGUCUGUUGGUGGCUGGAAUUUUGGAACUCAGGGAUUCUCUGACAUGGUUGCCUCCGCUGAGAACCGACAGACCUUUAUCCAAUCGGCCAUACAGUUUCUGAGAAAGUACAACUUCGAUGGGCUGGACAUUGACUGGGAAUAUCCUGGUAACCGUGGCAGCCCAGCUGACACUCAGCAGCUCUUCACUGUAUUGCUGAAGGAAAUGUAUGAGGCUUUUGAACAAGAGGCCUCUCAGAGCCACAAGCCCAGGUUGCUGAUUUCUGCUGCUGUGUCGGCUGGCAAAGGUACCAUUGAGACUGCCUACCAGAUCCCUGAGAUGUCUAAGUAUAUGGACCUCAUCAAUGUGAUGACUUAUGACCUAAGGGGCUCCUGGGAAGGCUUCACAGGAGAGGACAGUCCCCUGUUUGCAGGACCUAAUGACCAGGGAGGCUACAAAUACUUUAAUGUGGAAUAUGCAAUGAAUUACUGGAAGAACCAAGGUGCCCCUGCUGAGAAGCUGAUGGUGGGCUUUGGGGCUUAUGCCCGCACCUUCACUCUCACAAACCCUGCCAACCACGGCCUGAAUGCUCCCACCUCUGGACCUGGAACUGCCGGGCCUUAUACUAAAGAAGCUGGGACUCUUGCCUACUUUGAGGUCUGCUCCUUCCUGAAAGGAGCCACUGAGGUAUGGAACGCCCCCCAGGAAGUGCCCUAUGCCUACAAGGGAAACCAGUGGAUUGGGUAUGACAACCCCAAGAGCUUCACCCUCAAGGCCGAGUGGCUGCUGAAGAACAACUUUGGAGGCGCCAUGGUCUGGGCCAUUGACCUGGAUGACUUCACAGGCACUUUUUGUGGACAAGGCAAAUACCCUCUCAUGAAUGCCAUCAAAUCUGCCCUUGGUGUCUCCACUCCCAGUUGCAGAGUGCCCACCUCUACCCUGGGCACCAGUGUGGCCCCCAUCGUCACUGCGGCUCCCGGGGGUGGCAGCGCUGGCGGCAGUGGUUUCUGUGCUGGGAAGUCCAAUGGCCUCUAUCCAAGUCCUACCAGCAAGCGUGCCUUCUACAACUGUGUGGGUGGGCACACCUAUGAAGAGGCUUGUCAGUCUGGCCUAGUCUUUGAUACCAGCUGUUCUUGCUGCAACUGGGCUUAA